GGGGGUCCUCUUCCCGGCCCCCUCUCCGAGAUGGCAGCCAUCCAAGCCCUCCAGCAGUGGUGCAAGCAGCAGUGUCAAGGCUACAAGGACGUGAGCAUCACCAACAUGACCACCUCUUUCCGGGACGGCUUAGCCUUCUGCGCCAUCCUGCACCGCCACCGGCCGGACCUCAUAGACUUCAGUUCACUUUGCAAAGAAAACGUCUAUGAAAACAACGAGCUGGCUUUCCGAGUUGCAGAGGAAGAGCUGGGGAUCCCAGCCUUAUUGGAUGCUGAAGAUAUGGUGGCUCUGAAGGUUCCAGACAGACUCAGCAUCCUCACUUAUGUGUCCCAAUAUUAUAACUAUUUCCAUGGAAGAUCACCAAUUGGAGGAAUGGCGGGGGUGAAGCGGCCGCCUUCCAAACCCAGCGAGGAGCCAACAGGGAAGAAGGCCGUUACUGAGCCAGCCACUCCACCCCCUCCAAAGCCAUCCCCGGUAUAUGUGCCGCCUGGACCCAAGACCAAUUCAGCUGUGCAGGGGAAGGAAAACACUCCAGUCGCAGCGAAACGACACGCUUUGACCGAAAGCACCAACACGCGGCACAGCAACUGCACCAUCUGUGGAACUCACGUCCACUUGGUGCAGCGCCUCCUAGUGGAUGGCAAGCUUUACCACAGGAACUGCUUCAGAUGCAAACAAUGCUCUGGGACCCUCCAGUCUGGGAACUACAAAGCUGGGAAUGAGCCAGGCGUCUUUAUCUGUAACCAGCACGAACAACCGUCGCAUCUCCAGAAUUCGUUGCUUGUUCGUACAAGGGAUACCCUUGGAGAGAAUAAACCAACUGACACAACAUCUGCUUCAGGAAGUUAUCUGAAGGCUCUCGAAUCAAAGAAGCCAGCUGAAGAAGCCAUCAAAACCAUCCAGGUGCCUAAACGCAGUGUGGUUGAAAAAUCUACAGCUGGUGAUCCUGUGAACUUUGGGAUGAUUAAAUCUAGCCCUGUUACUGCGAAUCCUAGUUCACAUAAAUUAGAUCCCCUGAGGACUAAUCCAGAUCACUGUGAAACCCCUGCGGUCUCUUCCUCCUCCUCUACUCCUUCCCAUUGGACAGCAUCAUCAGCAAAAACUCAAGAGGCUCGCACGAAAUUUUUCCAGUCUGGUUUAAGGAAUUCAGGCUCUCCUGCUGACAAAGCAGGAGGCAUUAAAAAUCAAGGUGCUCCUUUCAGUUCGUCUCAGGUAGCUGGGGGAUCCCCUGUUCCUGGGUCACAGGCUCUGGAGACCAGCGUAGGAAGCAGCGAGAAGAACAGAGCACGGAACAUCCUUAUGCAGGCUUUACCAGGAUCACAAGUUUCCACCAACAGGACUGGAAACUCCAGCGCCAGUUCCUCAGCUUCUAACGUCAAGCUGUCCCACACCCCAUCAUCUGGCUUCCGGCAUCUCGAGACCAAGAACAUUCCACCCAACGUGAUCUCGAAGCCGGUCAGUGCACCCACCACUGUGGAAAAAACAAACAGGGGGUCCCCAGGAACACCAGCAGCUGCCAACAAAGACCUAAAUCAGAAAGGAAACAUCUGGACAGCUGCCCCAAGUAGGUUCAAGGAUCAACCGAUCGGCCAGCCUGCCCACUCCGGACAUAAACUGGAUGAGAAGAUCACUAAAGCUGAAGGCAAGAGGGCUACGGAUGAGAAAUCGGAGUCCCCCGCGGACUGGAGAUCAAGGUUGAAACCUGUGCCCAGCAAAGUCUCCAACCGAGAUGAGGCCAAGACCUUUCAGAAGCCUGCCGACGUUCACAAGGGGCCUGUCACUGUAUCCCUGAACCCGACGUGGGACGACAAAAAGCCGGUUUCUUCAGUUACCUCCUCGGCAGGUCACGACGCUGCACCUUCCUCGGAUCAGCAACGAAAGAGGAAACUCUUGGUGGUGCAGGUGGAGACCUCUGGCGGGUGGGAGAAGGCGCGCCAAACGUGGGAAGAUCCUCCAGGGACACAGAAGCGGGAGGCGCCGACGAGACCGCAGGAGAAGGCUGUCGCAUCCGUUAAACCAUCCUCUCCUAGAACCUUCCAGAAGCGUCCCAGCAGCCAAACGCUAUCUCCAUCAAAGCACCGCCCGGAUUACAUUCCCGAGGAAGAAAUCCAGAAGGAGGUCCAGCAAAUCGAGAAAGACCUGGACAAGCUGGAGCUCAAGGGGGUGGACAUGGAGAAGGACCUGCGGACCUGCGAGGGAGAUGACACUGAGGAUGCCCUGAUGGUGGAGUGGUUCAAGCUGAUCCACGAGAAGCAGCUGCUGCUGAGGCGGGAGUCGGAGCUGAUGCACAAGCUGAACCAGCAGAAGCUGGAAGAGAAGCAGUGUGACAUUGAGAGUGAACUCCGGUGCCUCAUGAGCAAAAGUGAGUUUCUGAAGACCCCCAAAGAGAAAGCCCGGGAGGAAGAGUUGCUAAAGUUAUAUGUGGCUACCGUCAACGAUCGGAACAAAAUCGUGGAGGAUCUGGAUGAGGACCGGCUCAGGGAACAAGAAGAAGAUGAGAUGCUGGCUGCUAUGAUCCAGAAACUUGAUGUGCCCCGUGACAGCCAGGAAAGCGACAGAAAGAAAACAAAGUUUCCCUUUUUCAAAAUGCUGAAAACCAAGAAUUAGACAAAAAGCGACGUGUUGCAGAUUCGUGUUUUGGAUCCAUCGAAGACGGGGAGAACCGUCGCACCGGCCAUUUUUAGGAGAGAAAUUGGGGCCUGUUUGGUACCCGUUAAGCAGACCCCCUUGUGCGGACAUCCUUGCCACCACUAGGUGGCAGCAGAACUCUCAGCAAAUCUGAGCCGCGACAGAAUGACCCCCCCCGCGCCAUAAACUCAGGAAACAUAUUUUAAACCAGAAAAUAAUGAUCGCUAUUCGGACAGAACAGCAUGCGUUUGUUUAUACAUACAUAUAUAUGUAUUUAUA